UCCGUAUUGGUGCGCGGGGUGGCAACCCCCAAGCCCCGCCUCUGCCACCCUCGCCCCCCGCAACGCCACUCUUUUCUAUAAAGCUGUUAUUGAAUUAAAGGCUAUCAUUUGAUUUCCGGCGAGCAACGAGUCGGGUCCGAGGAGCCUCUAAAUAUUUCUAUAUAAUAACAUCUUCUUUCUCCCUCUCUCAAGAUUGUGACCGGAUUCCGUAUAAUCCGAUAGAGCUUAUCCGAUUAGCGUCUGUCUGCGCCGAACCUCCGUUUUUUGCCUAACCGAUUCGCCGAUUUGCCGACUUCAGAGUGCCGUUCGCGAGUGCUAUAUGACCAUGAGGUGACGUCGGUGUGAUUUUUCGUUUGGAUUUCUUAUUUUCGAUUCUUUUACAGUUCGCCGCUCAAUUUUGUAAGUCGUAAACUUUUAACUCACGUUGUAAAAUCGCUUCCAACAAGUGACUGAAAUCGAUAAGUUUUUUCGCCUUAAUCAAACUAUACAACCUUAAACACUUUUAAUAUUCCUCAGCAAACAUUUCAAGUGAUUAGACCACUAUUACAAGUAUAUUCGCGGUCGGUUCCUCCUGUAUUCCUCCAGCCUCACCAUGGACUACUCGUACCUGAACCAAGCCGGAGUCGCGGCGGGGUUCGACACCUCCUCAUGUUCCCUGACCCCCGGGCUGGACCCUGGCCUCGGUCCCUGCUCGUACGGCGACCUCACUUCCUGCUCCCAGAUGAGCUACCGCUACACCGCCUCCAUGGCACGCUCCUACAACCCCGGCGCCGCCACCAUGGGUCACCACCUGAGCGGAGCCCCUGGACAGUGCGGAGUGAUGGGAGGUCCUCGCCACCAAGACCACAGACCACCAAUGUUUCCCACCGCCAUGAACCUGCAAGGAGGACUGCCGUACAAGGUCUAUCCAGGACAUGACGGUGUUCUAACAGAGAAAAGGAAGCAAAGAAGAAUCAGGACGACGUUUACAUCAGCACAGCUCAAGGAACUGGAGAGAGCCUUUCAAGAAACACAUUAUCCUGAUAUCUAUACGAGAGAAGAAAUAGCCAUGAAGAUUGACCUAACAGAAGCUAGAGUUCAGGUGUGGUUCCAGAACCGGAGGGCCAAGUUCCGGAAGCAGGAGCGGCUGGCGCAGCAAAAGGCGUCGUCCCAAGGUGAAGGGUCACCAGGGGUCAAGUCGGAGGUCAAGGUCAAGGAGCUCAAACCUUCAACCCCCAACUCACCACCUCAGGACGUCAAACCUGUCAAUGGCUCCGUUAAAAUGGCCGAAGACGGGACCAACUCGAUAUCCUCCACGAAGUGGCCUCUGUCGCACCAGCCUCAUCACCAACAGCAUCAACCUCCGUGUUCUGUGAACAACACGAGCUCGUUGCUUCAGCAAGCUCACAAAGCUCUGAGCUCGCACCAACAACACCAUCACCACCUGAGCUCACCGUUCACGUCACUGCUUGGUACGAACCCAGCAAGCUAUCUGUUGGGGCCCGGAGACCACCUGAAAGCAGCCAACCACCUCUUCUAGACCAGAAUGCUACUGAGCUGCAGAGAGUUCAAUAGCACCUGAGUGUGCAGUCUUUGUGAAUACAACCCUGACAGUUGUCUCGUGGGUUUAAGAGACCACCAAGACUGGAGUUGCUUUAAGCUGCAAGAAUUUUAAGACACUUUUAAGAACUCGAUCUCCAAAUACAGGUUCCCUGUAAUUUUUUGGGACUUAGAACACUUGAAGACACACUUCAAAUUUGGGUGUGACUCUUCUAGUACCUUAAUAGGACCUCGAGAACACCUUAAACAUUCAAAUCACCUUUUCAAAGUAGCUUGAAGCUAUAGAAAGGUCUAAAAACCUAAACUUUAUCUGAACCUGAGGGUACAUCUCUUCCAGUAAUCUUCUGGUAACUGGAACCAUCACUUCUUUAACGCCAGAGAAUUUCUGACCUGCUAAAACGUCAAAGUCACCUAAGGUCUAACUUCACUUAUGGGUUCAACCAGUAAAUCGUUGGGAUCUAAGGCAACAUUUGGAAGUAUCUUUGUUUUUGAUACUUUUAGAGACCUCCCAAAGGUAGCCAAUGACGCGUUCAAAAUCUAAAUAUUUCUCUAUAGGAAGUUCAAAAGAUACCCAAGAUAUAUUCUAACCUGAGGGUACAUCUCUUCCAGUAGUUUUCUGGUACCUGAGGACACCCCUUGAAUGUAUACCAACCACGUAUUCAAGUAACUCUGAGCUGAAAAAAAAUUAAAGACACCUGAGUUUGACUUAAACCUGUGGGAACAUAUCUUCCAAUAAUUUUCUUGGACCAGAGGGACAGUUUGGAAGUAACCAACCACAUUUUCCGGACAAGCAAAGAUUUGAUCUACUCCUGAGAUUUAUCAUUACCUUUCUAGACCACACUUAUCUUUUAACUGGCUUUCAAUUUAGUUUGCCUAUAAUUCUGUAAAAUGUUGCUAAGGAAACAGAUAGUUUUUAUAAAUUUUCAAUUCAAGGUCUACUUAUUUUGUAAGUCGUUUAACCAGAAGUUGUAUGAGGAUGAUUUUUGUAUGUGUAGAUUUAAUUAAGAGCUACAGGAAAUUUAAAUACACUUGAGUUUGUAGGAUUGAGAACAUUUAGGUUUCAACUGUUACAGGAAAACCAUUUGAUUUUAAAAUAAUAAUUGCUACGCUUUACUUCGAAAACUAAGCUAAGUAUAUUUUAUAACAGGUUAUCAAAUAAAUGAAACAAAUCGCUAAAUAAUAAGUAUUUAAAAUAUAGGCUUAUACAACAUUAAAAUUUAUAAAGCUUCAUUGAUUGUACCAGCGUGAGGAAUUUAUUAAGGUUUUGACGAUUCUAUUUUGAUCAAAACCUGAUCUGAUUCUAAUUCAGACUUGAAUCAGGAAUUGAACGAUUUCUAGAAUUGAACGAAUUGAAACUGAUCAGAACAUGAUUCAGGAAUCGUUCCAUUUCCUAAUUCAGGUCUGAACCAUCGAUCUCUAUUAUUAAUCGAUGGUCUGAACAUUUUUUAUCAAACCCUGAACAGCGAUUUCCAUUCUUAAGGAAGAGUAAAGUUAAAAAUAGACAAGCUGUAAUUCUAUUCCCACUGAUAUUUUUGUCAAUAUUGAAAAUUAUAUUCUAAAGUGUAUGAUCUAUUUUCAACGAGUGUGUUUUAGGGGAAAUCCUUAAUACUUUGUUUAUAACAUAGUUUGUCCUCCAUCAGUCUUUUUUGUUCAACCUCAAUAAACCUUCAUGCAGCUAAAUACCCUUAAGACCAUUGUUACUGACUCAAUAAAAUGUAAUCAUUGUGAAUUUUCGUUGUACAUAUUCUAUAAAUACGUGUGUUAAUACGUCUUUUCUACGGUGUUUAGAAACGAUGCGAAUAUACAGGGAAGUGUGCAGUUAUGUUAAUAUCUAAUUGUACAUUUGUAUGUGUAAAUAGUGUAUAAAUGUGUUUAACUAGGCCCUAUAUCAUUAGUCUAAGUGUAUAUGUGUGCCUACCAUCAACAUAAUA